AUGGCUUCAAACAAGAGACGGAAAUUGGACACUGCAGAGCCUCCUCAAGUUAUGAGUGCUUUUGCUCGACUUAAGAAGAGAGCCCAGACGUCGGCAGCGAACCAAGAAGAGGAUCGCCAACCAAGCACACCGGGUUUUCAUGAAGAAAAUGCCACUGUCAUUCCCACUAACGAUGACAAACCCGAAAAGGCAGUUAGGGUCAGGAGGAAGAAGACGAAAACGUUGGAAAAGGCAGACCAGGACAAGUCUGUCAGAUCAAAGGACCAAGAGACGAAUUUGUCGAAUGUUGCAAACGUAGACGAACCAACAGAGCCUGCAGGAAAAGUGAACGACAUCAACUUGCACGCACCAGAUAAACCAGCAGUGCAAACACCUUUCGCCCCAUUGUCAACUUUCAAACGAACCAAGUCAAAUCUCCAGAAAAAAUCUGGAGGCAAAUUGCAGUUGAAGUUAUCGAGUGGAGAGCGCCUCGUUAUAUUAGGUAGUUAUGGGUUACGCGUUAUCAUUGGCGAUGUCACGAUAUGUGGUGCUGUGUUGAGGCCAUCGGAAAAGAUUCACUGGAUUCAUGCACCACAUUGCCAUGCAUUGCCUGUAAUACGAUGUCCAGAUGAGGCAGUGUUGGAGCUUGAGAACCAUCCUGAUGUUGAUGACUUGAGGAAGCUUGGUAAUCUCUCGCCUCACUUCCAGCGACUUUGGAAUGAGGAAUCCAGUCCAGAAGCUCAGAGGAAGCGGGAAAAGUCCACGAGCACUUUCGAGAUUCUAUUCACGUCUGAUGAUCGACCUAAGAGGGCCAUCUUCAACGCUCUGAUCUCGCCUCCAGAAUGGAAUCGUGAGAUUGAACGGCUAGUAGUUGCAUCUCGCUCGAAAGCCAUUUCCGUCAUGGUCACAGGACCAAAAUCAUCAGGAAAAUCAACCUUUGGCAAAAUUUUGACCAACCAACUUGUGACAGACAGUACUAAGAAUCGGCAUUCUGUUGGCGUUGCUGUCCUGGAUCUAGACCCUGGGCAGCCCGAACACUGUGUUCCUGGUCAGAUUACUCUUGUCCAUGUCACGGAACCUCUCCUGGGUCCAUCUUUUUGUCGACCAAUUCCAAGCUCUAGCACCCGAAUGAUACGAUCACAUACACUUGCCUCCGUCUCGCCAGCCUCAGAUCCACAACUCUAUUGUGCAGCGGCGAUCGAUCUCCUGACGCAUUAUCGCAACCGACUAAGUGCCUGCCCUCUUGUCGUUAAUAUGCCGGGAUGGAUACAAGGGACUGGCUUGGAUCUCAUCACGACCUUGAUAGGGGGACUACGACCAACGGAGGUGAUGUUCAUGUCGCAAACCGGACCAGUUGAAGUCAUCGAGGGCCUUGAGGAAGCGUGUCGGGCUAGUUCCCUGGUUCGGCUCCCAUCACAGAGCUGCCAGUACACAACGCGGACGGCAGCCGACUUGCGUACUAUGCAGUUGAUGUCAUAUUUCCAUGCGGAGGCAAACACGAAUCGUGGCCAGGUUCAAUGGAAUUCAGAUCCUCUCACCACAAUUCCCCCCUGGAUGGUGAACUAUUCGGGGCUUCACCCGGGAAUACUUGGAGUAUUGUGUUAUGGCUACCAAGCUCCUCCUGAGUUGCUUGCGGAAGCUAUAAACGGUACAAUUGUGGCCGUAGUUGAAGUCGAGAGAGCUCUCGCUUUCCGAGGGGCGAGGUACGAUGAGAUGGAAGGUACAUUUGAUUCCGCCGAAGCCGACGAGAGUGCGUCUGAUAUGCAGAUGGAUCUUGACGACAGUCAUGACUUGUCAAAGCUGGCAACGGCCACCCCAGAGGGUAUACCAUUGAUCAGCAAGGAGACGGCAUUGAAUCCCAGGCAUUCGCACACGAUCGGGUUAGCACUCGUCAGGGGCAUUGACACCGAAAAGGGAAUACUUCAGCUGUUGACUCCUAUAGCGCCGGGGAAGCUCGAGGAGAUCAACGAAAAGGGAGGUAAUAUAGUACUUGUAAGUGGCAAGUUCGAUCCUGCCAGCUGGGCAUAUACGGAAGACUUGUAUUACAAGUCCAGAGAUGAGGACACAGGCGAGACAGCAGAAUUGGAGCAAGGAGCCAGCGACAUUGACUCGAGGGACGGUGAAGGCGCUGCCUUCUCGGUGGCGGAUAUCGAUACAGGAAAUACCGACGCGGUUACGACAUCCAUACCCUGGAUUGAAGUCCUGCAUGCUGGCCAGAAACGUGGUGUCGGGUCCAGGAUUUGGAAAGUGCGGAGGGACCUUGGCCGGUCGGCUGGUAAUGGUGAUUAG